AUGGCGAACAAGUUUGUCACCGCUCAUGCAGGAACCAAAAAGGCGGAAGCCAGAGUAAAUGACAUAUUUUUCGUCAGGCAAAUGCACGACGAGGGACUCAGGGACUUCUUAGCUCGGUUUAACAAGGAAAGGGGUCAUAAAAUAGAAGAUUGCAUAGGACUGCGGCAGGAGGUAGUGAGAAUGCUAAAUCAAGGACACCUUAAAGAAUUGCUAAGCGAUCGAGGACGGGCUAACUUUGCCCGCGGACGCGAACAACCCCAGGGACCUCCGAAACCGCCCUCUCCCGCUCGCACUAUACAGAUGAUCAUCGGCGGAGGCGAUGACACAACAAUCAACCAUAUAAAAUUCACCACCACACAUAGACUCAAACGAUCGAUCACUCAUGAACGGUAUGAUGACCUCGAAGAUAGUAUCAUCUUCCAUAAAUCAGAUACCGACGGUUUGUCUUUCCCUCACUACGAUGCUCUUGUUAUCACGUUACGUAUUGCAGAUACUGAUGUAAAUAGAAUAAUGGUAGAUGAGGGGAGUGGCGCAUGUAUUAUCCAUCCUCGAGUCCUCGUACAGAUGGAACUUGAAGAUAAAAAAAUACCGCCUUGCAUAACACUAACAGGUUUUAAUAAUGCAGUCGAGCGAACAUCUGGAGAGAUAGUGCUACCCGUCCUAGCCGGAGGAGUCACCCUGAAAAUGACAUUUCACAUCAUUGAUCAAGAUACAACCUACAACGCUAUCAUAGGGCGCCCGUGGAUACACGCCAUGCGAUCAGUCCCGUCCAGUCUCUAUCAAGUAAUCAAGUUUCCUAUUCCAUGGGGGAUAUUCAGCAUCCAGGGCGAACAACACACCGCACAGGAACGCUAUCGCCUCGCCAAGGAUUACGCACAAACCCAACAACUAAAAGGAGCAAGUGCAGAAGCAUAG